CUGCUCCACCAGCAACCACCAACGCAGAUCAUGAAGUUCACAGUGGAGAAGAAGGGCAAGAAGACUCACCAAGCGUGGAUGAAGGAACCACUAGUGGGGACGAAGAAAAUGAAGAGGGAGAAGAAGCAACAGGAAAACCACUAGAGAAUGGCGAGGAAGAAGGAGAAAAUGAGCAUGGAGCUUCACCAGACAUGGAUGAAGAAGCAGAAACCACAGGUCUCGAUGACGAAGAUCAAUAUGGAAAUGACGAAGAAGCAGAAACCACAGGUCUCCAUGACGAAGAUCAAUAUGGAAAUGACGAAGAAGCAGAAACCACAGGUCUCCAUGACGAAGAUCAAUAUGGAAAUGACGAAGAAGCAGAAACCACAGGUCUCCAUGACGAAGAUCAAUAUGGAAAUGACGAAGAAGCAGAAACCACAGGUCUCGAUGACGAAGAUCAAUAUGGAAAUGACGAAGAAGCAGAAACCACAGGUCUCCAUGACGAAGAUCAAUAUGGAAAUGACGAAGAAGCAGAAACCACAGGUCUCGAUGACGAAAAUCAAUAUGGAAAUGACGAAGAAGCAGAAACCACAGGUCUCCAUGACGAAGAUCAAUAUGGAAAUGACGAAGAAGCAGAAACCACAGGUCUCCAUGACGAAGAUCAAUAUGGAAAUGACGAAGAAGCAGAAACCACAGGUCUCCAUGACGAAGAUCAAUAUGGAAAUGACGAAGAAGCAGAAACCACAGGUCUCGAUGACGAAGAUCAAUAUGGAAAUGACGAAGAAGCAGAAACCACAGGUCUCCAUGACGAAGAUCAAUAUGGAAAUGACGAAGAAGCAGAAACCACAGGUCUCGAUGACGAAGAUCAAUAUGGAAAUGACGAAGAAGCAGAAACCACAGGUCUCGAUGACGAAGAUCAAUAUGGAAAUGACGAAGAAGCAGAAACCACAGGUCUCGAUGACGAAGAUCAAUAUGGAAAUGACGAAGAAGCAGAAACCACAGGUCUCGAUGACGAAAAUCAAUAUGGAAAUGACGAAGAAGCAGAAACCACAGGUCUCCAUGACGAAGAUCAAUAUGGAAAUGACGAAGAAGCAGAAACCACAGGUCUCCAUGACGAAGAUCAAUAUGGAAAUGACGAAGAAGCAGAAACCACAGGUCUCCAUGACGAAGAUCAAUAUGGAAAUGACGAAGAAGCAGAAACCACAGGUCUCCAUGACGAAGAUCAAUAUGGAAAUGACGAAGAAGCAGAAACCACAGGUCUCGAUGACGAAGAUCAAUAUGGAAAUGACGAAGAAGCAGAAACCACAGGUCUCCAUGACGAAGAUCAAUAUGGAAAUGACGAAGAAGCAGAAACCACAGGUCUCCAUGACGAAGAUCAAUAUGGAAAUGACGAAGAAGCAGAAACCACAGGUCUCCAUGACGAAGAUCAAUAUGGAAAUGACGAAGAAGCAGAAACCACAGGUCUCCAUGACGAAGAUCAAUAUGGAAAUGACGAAGGCGGAAAUUUUGAUUGUGUAUAUGGAAAAAUGGUUUCGAUAUCUACACUGUAA